AUGUCGGCGAUUUAUUUGAAAGAAAUUAAAACUGAAUCAGAAGGAACUGACUUUUAUCAAUAUUUUGAACUAAAUUGGCUGUCUUGUUGUGAAAUGUGGCAAACCAAUUAUUCACCAGUUAUUAAUCCUCCAGGUCGACCACGUGUUUCAUCCGAUCUUAAAAUAUAUAAACAUAAACGUAAUAAAAAAGUGGAAUCAGUUCGUGAUGUGUACGAUAAUACGAUUUGGCUAACCGACUUACAUAUAUCUUUAUUCUUUGAAUUAUUACAUAAACAAUUUCCAAAUAUUAAUGGUUUAUGUGGCCCUGUGCAAAUACACUUAUACACAGGUUCAUUGGAAAAUUCGAUCUUUAUUUUCAAUGCAAACAACAAUCAUUGGUUCACAGUUGCAAAUUUAGACUCUGAUAAUAUUUGGAAAAUUUAUGAUUCUCUAUCUUAUCCAAAAGAAUCAUUAGUUAAAUUUUUUCAAGAUAUAUUACCUGGUGAAGAAAAAGUUGUUUUAUCAUUUGAAAAUGUAGAGCAACAAGUUGGUGGUAAUGAUUGUGGAUUAUUCGCAUUAGCUUUUGUAACGUCUCUUUGUUAUAAAGAUAUUCCAUCAUCUCUAUUUUAUGAUCAGAAAUCUUUACGUAAUCAUUAUGGCAAUGGUACAAAUCAUCAUAGCCACGGUAGAAAUGAUCACAACGAUGAUACCGCUGACUACAACCAUGGUACAAGCGACCAUAAAGUUGGUGCAAGUGACCGUAGCCAUAGGCCAGGUGAUCACAAAUAUGGUAGAAAUGACUAUAGCAAUGAUAAAACGGACCACAACCGUGGCACGAAUGACCAUAUCAAUGUUACAAGUGACCAAGCCAGUGGUAUAGAUGACCAUGCCGACGGUACAAACUACUAUAGCCAUGGUACAAGUGAGCACAAUCAUGGUACAGGCAGCCACAAAGUUAGUACAAGUGAUCAAAGCCAUGGUUCUGGUGAUCAUAAAGAUGGUACAAAUGACAUUAGCAAUGGUACAAAUGACCAUAGCCAUGGUACAAGAUACUACAAAGAUGGUACAAAUGACCAUAACCAUGGUACGAAUGAUUGUAUCGAUGGUACAAGUGACCAUGUCGAAGGUACAAAUAACCAUAGCCAUCAUAAUAGUGACCACAACUAUGGUAUAGGUGACCACAAAGAUAGUACAAAUGACCACAGCAACGGUAAAAGUGACCCUAACCAUGGUACGAAUGAGCAUAUCGAUGACACAGGUGACCAUGUCGAUGAUACAAACGACCAUAGCCGCGGUAUUAGUGAUCAUACCAAUGGUAAAAGUGACCGUAGGGUUGGUACACAUGAUCACAGACGUGGUGAAAGUGACCACAAAGGUGGUACAAGUGGCCGAGGAGAUAUUAUGGAUCAAAUUAAACGAAAAUUAACAUUUAAUCAAUCAUCAAAUGAAGAAAUAAAAAAAUUACGAAUAUGGCUCGGAAUCACAAAGAAUAAUUUUUUCUCGUGGUUUAUCGUCGAUUCAUCAUUAAGUCGUCUUAAAUCACUUCGUAUUGAACCACAGCAACCAGAUAUACAUAUAUCACGUCUUAUUAAUUUAGCUUGUUUACCUCGUCUUUUCUCGUUAAUUAUCCAACCAUCGGAUUUGUCAAGAUAUUUAAAUGAUCUUUACCGAUUAGUAUUCACCUUACUUGUAUUAAAGUCGUUCAUAUUCUUUUUGGAUAACUACAUCAGAAUCACACUUCCGAUGGCUAACAAUCGACAAUUGAGUACUAUUGAAUAUUUUGUUACUUAUCAAUUUUGUACUUUCAAUGAACUUGUUACAAUUCUUUCAUAUACACCUCAACUUCGUUGUCUAAAACUUUUUAAUAGUAUUGAUAUUGAUACAAAUAUUCAAACUAUAUUACCAAUUACAUUAUCAAAUUUAACAGAUAUUUCAAUACCUAUGAAUGAUGUAAAAUUUGAUGAAUUUGAAAUACUCAUCAGAAAAAUAGAUGCUAAAUUAAAAGUUUUACGUGUUACUACUCAAUCUUAA